UACAAAAAUUAUGGCCGGCAAAAUGGGUAAACAUAAGAACAGCCAACAAGAACAGAUUUUUAUUAAUUGUAUGCGUGAAAAUGUAGAUUUGGCAAAAGGUCACAUAAAAGGUGACAAAGUCGCUGCGGACGCAAAAUGGGCGAAUGUUGUCUCCUCUCUCAAUAGUGCUGGCCCGCCAAUUAAAGAUGUAGCUGGAUGGAAAAAAGUAUGGAUUGAUUGGAAAAGUACAAUUCGCAAAAAGCUUGCACAUAACAAAAAGGAAACAACUGCAACAGGUGGUGGUCCCUUUGCGCAGCUGCCAUUAACUGCAGUGGAAGAAGAAAUUGCUUCGUUUUGUGGUCUGUAUUCGAUGGCAGAGGGAAUGAAAGGUAGCAAGACCUUUGGUUCUGUCAAUGCAGCAAUGGAAAGCAGCCAAAAUGAAGAAAAUUGUAGCGUACCAGACGCAGAAGAAGGUGAAUCUCCUCCGAAGCCAAAACGAAGGCGACGUACGAUGCCGGAUGAUUUAGAAGGCCUAUGCAGUACCCAAAAUGAGGUCUUGGAGCGUUUGGCUGAGAACUUGAAGCAGCUCAGUAGGAAUAUUGAAAGGCAAAAUGGAAUUCAAGAGGAAGUUCUUCAAAUACUAAAAAAUAAAUUUCAAUAGUUUUUUAUGUGUAUUUAACAUAU